AUGAGCGCCGCGCAACAGGCCCUCGACGAUUUGAAGGGGAACGUACAUCUGGAGGAAGUCGUCGGUGAUGGCGAGAACGCACUCACUGAAGCUCAAAAGGCGUUCCUCAAAAAGGAGAAGCGAGUCGUCCGCAAACUUGACAUGUACAUUACGCCGGUCAUGCUGCUUCUCAUGCUGAUCAGCUACCUGGACCGUGGCAAUAUUGGAUUUGCAGCCACCCAAGGCAUGACUAAGGACAUUGGUCUCAAGGCCAAUGAGCUAAGCACCGCUGUAUCGAUCUUCUACCUCACGUACAUUCUAUCCGAGUUCCCGACGACGAUGUAUGUCAAGCGCCUCCAGUUCCAGAGGGUUAUCCCUGUCCUCGUGUUCUCAUGGGGUCUCGUGUGCAUGUGCAUGGGCUUCAUCCAGAACUACGCAGGCCUGAUCGUGUGCCGACUGUUGCUUGGCGCUUUUGAGGGCUGCCUGUUCCCUUCAAUGACCAUGUUCUUGCUGAACUGGUACAAACGCGAAGAAGUAGGUCAACGCGUCUGUUAUCUUUACAUUGGUUCUGCUCUAUCUGGAGCUUUCGGCGGCCUCAUUGCGUUCGGAAUUCUCUACAUGGAUGGGACUGCCGGGUACCCUGGGUGGCGAUGGCUUUAUAUCAUCGAAGGCAUUAUUACGAUUGUAUUUGCAUUUGUGUGCUACUUUCUUAUUCCGAAAUCUUAUGCCACGGCAUACUUCUUCGACGAGGAAGACAAGGCCGUGCAGAGGCAGCGUCUUGAGCUCAUGGAAGCCUACAGUGGUGGCGAUGGCAAGUACACAAGGAUGGAUGUCAAGAAUGCUAUGCUGGAUGUGAAGACUUGGCUGCAUGGUAUCAACCAGAUCCUCAUGUCGACUAUCAUUUACGGUUUUGGAACUUUUCUUCCCAUCAUCCUUAGGGACGGUUUCAACUACUCGACGAAGCAGGCGCAAUACUUCGUCAUUCCCGUCCAAAUCGUCGGUGCAGUCUGCUAUUUCGUUGUCGCCGUUCUCUCCGACCGAUACAAAGCCCGAUUCGUGUCACUCGUGUGCGCAGCACCACUUGGAAUCGCCGGCUACGCAGUCCUGCUUACAAAGCAACAUGCGGCUGUCUGGUACGGUGCAACGUACCUCAUCGCGGCCAGCUGCUAUAUCAUCACCGGCACGAGCAUUGCCUGGCACGGUAUGAACAUCGCGCCGGAUGGUAAACGGGCAGCCGCCAUGGGUGUCCAUCUCGGACUCGCGAACAUUGGCGGCAUCAUUGCCGGACAGAUCUACAGGUCGACCUCUGCGCCCCGAUUUCUUCUCGGCCACGGCUGGAGCUUGGCUUCCAUUGGGCUUGGAUUCUGCAUCUGGUGGAUUCUGUUCUUCAUCUACAAGCACAGAGAGGCCAAGAAAGCGAGAAUGGAGGCUGAAGGUAUUGUUGUGCCGGACUCGCAAUGGACGGAUCGGUCUCCUGGAUUCAAGUACCAGUUCUAA